AUGGAGUUGUCAUCAAAGAAGAUGUCUUGGGAAGAACGAAGAGAAAGAAAAUACCGCGAGAUUGCGGAGGCCAUCGCCAACGUUCAAGAUGAAGCCACCCAAAUCGACAUUAUCAUGAAGAAGCGAGGAUGCUUUGGACCAAGCGAAGACAAUCAUUUCUAUGCAAUCAUACAAGACUACUUAAACAACAACACCAAUGCAAAAGACGCUACGAAGAAACUGCUCGACCCCAUCAACAAAGCCAUGCUCCAAAACAGAAAGCACCUCCCCUUCCUUAGUAUCUGGUACUCCAUAAUCCACUCCGCCAAACGCCUCUCUUUCCGCGACACCAACGGUCUCAACAAGCUCGUCACCCUCAUGAAGACGAUAAAAGCGAGCUUUCCACCCCCAACUGCCAAAGAUUCAGACAUGUACACCUGCCUCCGCCGCUUCGGCAUGGCCGCUCGCGAGAGUAUAGACGACGGCCCCGGAGGCCAGUGUGGCUACAUGACACAAGAAGUGCACGCAUACGCCAACAUGCUCUACUUCUACGCUCUCAUCACGCGCGAGAACAUCCGCAAUUUCUGGAUAUAUUGCAUCUGGCAAAUGCGCAGUGCACUCGAGACACCACACGAAGACGAUGCGAAUGGCACAGCAAUACAGAAAUACAAUUCUUUCAUCCCCUCUGCUGCGGUCUGGAUCUUUGCUAUGGGUAAACAAGUCUACGAAAGAGAACAAGACCUCACCCCAAAGAAGGCGACUGAGGGGGAUCCAGGUAGUGGUGGACCGUUAUGGGAUGGUAGAGCGGAGUUCAGUAAGCAGAGGUGGGCGCUUUGGAAGAAGAGGUUUGGAGAACUUGCUGGAAUGGAGGGGUUGACUGAGGAAGUUAGGGCGAUUGCAAAGGAGGCUGCUCAGAAGAUGGAUUGGAUCGAUGGUGGGGUGAUGGAGGAUCGUAGGGGGCCGAGGCAUUACGCCUGUCUGGAUAUAUGA